AUGGAUGACCGAAAGAAGAAAGAAAGGCAAUUCAAUGGCGAAUCUCAGACUCGGUAUCCAAAUGCUUCGGUCUUCAUUUUGAAAGUCCCCAAUCCAUGCAGUUGACAUUUUCUACGGUGCAGCCGACCACCCUCCCAGAAAAUCAACAUGGCCAAGCCCACAAGCCACAAUACUACAAUAGUACGAGAAUUUCUUUUUCAUCUCAAAAUGGCUCCAAAGUUGCUGACGAUUCUUUGUUUCAUCAUGUAUUUCAUUAUUUUUAUCCACCGGGGGUGAUAAAGAUGGCUCUCAUCUACAUCAGCCACAAAAUUCAUGAGCGGUCGUGACGGAGUCAUGCUCAGAAAGACAACACCGCUCACAGGGUAGUCAAUUUUAAAUUCUUCUUUGUUACCCAAGUUUAUAUUCCACCCUAGUCUGGGGUACUCAGAUACUACAACAAUACCCAGUGUUGGGUACUCGGAAAAGUUUGAGACUUCUGAUGUUCUUUGCGUUAUUUAAUUGGGAUGCAUCAGUCAAGAGCUUGGACGUAUGGAUUAUUUAUUGUUUCAUGGUUGUGCUGGUUGUCUUCACUACUUAUCGGAGCACAGAAUCCCAUUACCCACCCUAUAGAAGUGACAGCAUUGCGGGCCAUCAAGACAAGUUUGAUAGAUCCAAAUAAGAAUCUGAGUAAUUGGGAUCGAGGAGACCCAUGUACAUCAAAUUGGACAGGGGUUGUCUGCCACAAUGCUACAUUUUCAGAUGAUGGUUAUCUACAUGUUGACCGAUUGCUACUACUAGAAAUGAAUUUGUCAGGAAGCUUAUCACCAGAGCUUGGCCGCUUAUCGUAUAUGAGAAUAUUGGAUUUUAUGUGGAACAAGAUAAGUGGGAGUAUACCAAAGGAGAUAGGCAAUAUUACGUCGUUGGAACUCUUGCUUUUGUGUGGAAACCAAUUAACAGGCCCCUUACCUGAAGAGCUUGGUUCUCUCUCAAACUUGAACAGAAUGCAAAUUGACGAGAAUCGCAUAUCAGGACCGAUACCUAUAUCAUUUUCAAACUUGAACAACGUGAAGCAUAUUCACAUGAACAACAAUUCAAUUAGUGGGCAAGUUCCGCCUGAACUAUCUAAAUUACCAAGACUUGUUCACUUCCUUGUUGAUAAUAACAACUUAUCAGGUUACCUUCCACUGGAGUUCUCCAAACUACCAAAUUUACGGAUACUUCAACUUGAUAACAAUCACUUUGAUGGGACUACAAUUCCCUCUUCUUACAGCAACAUGUCUAAAUUGCUGAAGUUGAGCCUUAGGAACUGUAACUUGCAUGGACCUAUUCCUGAUUUGAGCCAAAUACCAAACCUUUUAUAUCUAGAUCUCAGUUCAAAUCAGCUAAAUGGAUCCAUACCUCCAAAUUGGCUUUUUAAGAAUAUCACAACCAUCUAUUUAUCCAACAACAAUCUUACUGGAGCGAUUCCUGGCAACUUUUCGGGUCUUCCUCAUCUUCAGAAACUGUCAAUUGCGAACAAUGCAUUGAGUGGUUCAGUUCCAUCUACCAUUUGGGAAAAUAGGAAUUUGAAGGGAAUGGAAAGCCUUAAAGUGGAGUUGCAGAAUAAUAAGCUUUCCAAUAUUACAGGCAACACUAGUGUACCUCCAAAUGUUACUGUCUGGCUUCAAGGGAAUCCCUUAUGCUCAAAUACCAACCUAGACCAGUUUUGUGGAUCUGAAAAUGAGGAUGAAAAUAACAGCACUACCAUUUUUAAUUGUCCAGAGUGCCCACCCCCUUAUGAAUAUUCCCCUACAUCUCCUGAACGUUGUUUCUGUUCUGCCCCUCUGAGUGUUGGAUAUCGGUUGAAAAGUCCCGGAUUCAUAGAUUUUCUUCCCUACAAAGAUGAUUUUGAGAACUUCUUGACAUCUACUCUUCAUUUAUUUCGUUAUCAGCUGUACAUUGAUUCCUUGGCAUGGGAAGAAGGACCUCGACUGAGAAUGCACCUGAAAAUAUUUCCUGCAUAUGAUGUUGACAGCAAGAAUUCUCAUAUCUUCAACGGGAGCGAGGCUCGGCGAAUUAGGAGCAUGUUCAUAUCAUGGGAAAUUAUUGAUCCUGACAUAAUUGGACCUUAUGAAGUCCUUAGCUUCACUUUACUGGACGAUUCUAAUGAUGGGAUUCCCACCCCUCCAAAGCUUGCUUUAAGCACGGGCGCAUUGGCUGGCAUAGUAUUGGGGGCCAUUGCAGGUGCAGUUACAUUGUCUGCAAUUGUUUCUCUCCUGAUACUACGAGUGCAGAUGAGGAAGUACCGUGCAGUUUCUAGAAGACGUCAGUCGUCCAAGGCCUCCAUGAAAAUUGAUGGUGUGAAGGCUUUCACUUUUAGAGAAAUGGCUAUGGCUACAGAAAAUUUUAACAGCUCCACUGAGGUUGGCCAAGGAGGAUAUGGAAAGGUUUAUAAAGGCAUUCUGGCUGAUGGUAUAGUUGUUGCCAUAAAACGUGCACAAGAGGGAUCCUUGCAGGGUGAAAAGGAGUUCUUAACAGAGAUAGAACUGUUGUCAAGGUUACAUCACAGAAACCUUGUGUCUUUGAUUGGAUAUUGUGAUGAAGGUGGUGAACAGAUGUUGGUCUAUGAGUAUAUGUCAAAUGGUACUCUAUGGAAUCACCUUUCCGCCAAGUGUAAAGCACCUCUUAGUUUUGCUAUGAGAUUGAGAAUUGCCUUGGGAUCAGCUAAGGGCAUCCUCUACCUACAUACGGAAGCUAACCCUCCAAUAUUUCAUCGAGAUAUCAAGGCCAGCAACAUAUUAUUGGACUGUAAGUUUACGGCAAAAGUUGCCGAUUUUGGACUUUCGCGACUUGCCCCAAUUCCAAAUAUUGAAGGGAUUGAGCCUGCUCAUAUAUCCACAAUUGUGAAGGGGACACCGGGUUACCUAGAUCCGGAGUACUUCUUAACUCAUAAACUCACAAACAAAAGUGAUGUUUAUAGUCUUGGUGUUGUAUUUCUAGAACUCUUAACUGGGAUGCGGCCAAUCACACGUGGCAAAAACAUUGUUAGAGAGGUUAAUGCCGCAUAUCAAUCUGGUAAGAUCUUUUCGGUUAUUGAUGAGGGAAUAGGAUCUUGUCCUUCUGAAUGUUUGGUGAUAUUCGCAACUUUGGCCCUCAAGUGUUGCCACGAUGAGACAGAUGCACGACCUUCAAUGGCAGAGGUGGUCCGAGAACUUGAACGUAUAUGGCUUAUGAUGCCCGAGUCCGACAUCAAAAUAGCAGACCCCAUGGUCAUUGAUGCUGAAAAAGUAGUGACUCCACCACCAUCAUCCUCUACACUGAAGAAUUCUUCUAUGUGGUCAGAUGCAUCUGGGAGCAACCUUGUUAGUGGAGAGAUUUCAAGCAUCACGCCUAGAUAGAAAACAUUUUCGUUGUGAACUUGGUUUUCGUUUUGUUUGUAGUCUUCUCACUCUUUGUUUUGGAAAGGUUAUUGUAGAUGGUAUGAUAAUGUUGCUAUAGAAACCGAUAUUGAACUUUGAAGUAAACAGAGCUAUUGAUAGUAAAGUACAAUUGAUAGGAUAUAUAAGUUUAUGGAGUA